CACACCUGAAUUUUAUAACUAUAUAUAUGUGUCCAUAACUUCCAAGGUUGGAAACGAAAGACUGGCAUAGCAAAUUCACGGUUACUGUUCACGGGGCCAUAUUAUUUUGCAGCUUUUUAGCUCUACUCCUAAACCCUCACACCGUUCACUAUAUUAUUUGCUCCCACUCCAUCUCUUUGCAAUCGCUUCUUCCGCCAUACCUCUCUCUCUCUCUCUCUCUCUCUCUCAAAUUCUUCCCUUUUGGCGCUGCUGAGAUAGAACAGAAGAUGAUGAAACCAUCGAAAGAGGAAGUCAUGGGGAAUUGUAAUAAAGAUCACACACAAAUAGCAAGAGGCAAACGCACGAAGCGUCAUGGGCAGCAGUCACAGCUAAGGCUAACUCUGGCUUCUACCUCAUCUAGUGAUCAUUCUGGCGCACCUGAUCCUCGUCGUGCAGUGCCCUCUUCUACACCCUCGGCAGAACUCACGGACAGUACUACUGCAGAAGAAGAGGAGGAGGAGGACAUGGCCAACUGUUUGAUUCUCUUGGCACAAGGCCGCCAUAGCCGAAAAGUACAAGAAAAGGCUGCGUUGUCAGCUGCGUACCAGUGCAAGACCUGUAACCGGUGCUUCGCUUCGUUCCAAGCUCUGGGUGGACACAGAGCCAGUCACAAGAAACCUAGGGCUGAUAUUAAUACUGAUGAGAAGAAACCCUUAACUCUUGUCGGCGUACAAGAUUAUCGAUUUAACAACACUAGCACAACCCUUUCAUUGCAAUUAGGUAAUAGGGAUCAUCUUUAUAGUAGUAACAACAAAUCCAAGGUUCAUGACUGUUCGAUAUGUGGCGCUGAGUUCUCGUCCGGCCAAGCCUUAGGGGGACAUAUGAGGCGGCACAGAACGUUUAUGAGCACUGCAACAACUGUCCUUAGUGCGGGAAAUACUGAUCAGAGUCCUCCUGAGUCGCACCAAGCCAGGAAAAAAAGAAACAUUCUACAAUUGGAUCUUAAUCUUCCAGCCCCAGAAGACCAUGAUCAUCUGCACAGAGAUUCCAGUAGUUUUUCCUUGGUUUCAAAAGAGCCAGUGCUCUUCUUCUCCAGUACUUCUGCUUUGGUGGAUUGCCAUUACUAAAGUGCAAGUCCAUCUUCUUUUUAUGGAUUUAGUUAUAUAUAAUCUCACCCCAAUACAAAUGUGACUUAUCAUUCUUCAAAUUCUUUCGUACUCAUGUAUAUGUUGACAAAAUAGUCGAAAUAUUUCCCUUCUUUGGGUA